CACACCUUGAGAGUCGACGCGAGGAAACACCAACACACACUUUCCUUUCAAAGAUGCAGAGGAGCUUUGGGAUUUUUUGCGUGUCGCUCAUCGUCUGUGCAAGUCUGUCUGAGACCAUCGGGCUGGUCAUCGCGGCGAAGGACAAGCGAGGCUGGACCCUCAACAGCGCUGGAUACCUGUUAGGUCCCCGUCGUAUUGAUCACCUAAUUCAGAUAAAGGAUUCACCCAGGGCCAGAGGCAGAGAAGAGCUGCUCACUCAAUAUGGCAUAGAUGGACACAGGAGCCUGGGAGACAAGCCGGGCCUGGCCGGGAAGAGAGACAUGGGCCAGGAGGAGGACUUCAGGACAGGUGCCCUCAGGAUAGCAGAUGAAGACAUCAUCCACACUGUCAUCGACUUCCUGUCGUACCUCAAACUUAAAGAGAUGGGAGCCUUGGACAGCCUGCCGUCCUCCGUGACAUCCGACGAACUUGCCAACCCUUAAUGUGCCGCAGGUCAGCGAACCCCUCUCUCCUCUGUCGUGAUCCUGGUUGUUUUCUGUCUGGACGUGCACUGUCCUCAAUGUCCCCACGCCGUGGACCCAUCCCAUCCUGGAGCCGAAGAUCUGAUUCUGGAGGUGUCUCUGACAUCAGCUCACAUCUCUCUGUGUAAAUAAAAGUUUGUA